AUGGAAUAUCUGCGAUUACGGUCCGGUGGUAAAAUGCCAAUAGUCGGCUACGGUACAUAUCUGGUAGGUCAGUCGAAAUUUGAUUAAUUUCCUAUUAUACCUGUAUACGAAUCAGCAGCCCUCUUGUUUUAUUUUUUGGAAUUAAUUUGUAGACUACGGGACUUGAAUUAGAAAUAGCUCUGAACAAAGCACUAGAGGCCGGAUACAGAUCCAUUGACACAGCCAGCGGUUACGGGAACGAACGAUCAAUCGGAAAAGUACUAAACGAAUGGAUUUCGUCCGGCAAAGUAACCAGGGACGAGCUGUUCGUUACCACUAGGGUAAGAAUUCGGUUUUUAAUAUCACAAAUCGAAUAUGGGGUAGAAAAAAAAAUUAUAAUUUGAAUUCAUUUGCAGCUCCCUAUAUACGGAAAUCGCGCAAAAGACGUGGAAAAAUACAUUAAAGAAUCUCUAAAACAAUUUCAGUUAGAUUACAUCGAUAUGUAUUCGAUACACACUCCGUUCGGCGUGUUUCAAGGUGACACUACCGACUAUACCAAGAUGCAAAGAGAUGACAGUACGGACCAUUUGAAAAUAUGGAAGGUGAAAAUAAUAAAAUUGUAUAAUAUUUUACUGAAAAUAUGCUGAUGUUUUGGAUCAUAAAUGUUUUUUCAUAAUACAUAAUUUAAAACGGAUUUCGUAGGCGAUGGAAGACCAAGUGGACAAGGGUCUGAUCAGAGCUAUCGGUUUGUCGAACUUCAACGUCCGGCAAAUACAGAAGAUACUGGACCAUUGCCGGAUCCGACCGGACAACGUCCAGAACGAAAUUCAUCUGUACCUUCAGACUCCAGAACUCAUACAAUUCUGUCAGAAAAACGAGAUCACCGUGACCGGAUACUCGAGUCUGGGCAUGAAAGACGGUAGAAAACUUUUGGGAUUCUCUUGGGCGUAAUUAUAUAUCUGAAUGACAAUAGUUUCAUUGACUUUACUAAUAAUAUGUUGAUCAAAUAUUUUACAAAUAGCAACGAAAAGUUACCCGAAAUGUUGGAAAACGAUGUAGUAGUGGAGGUAGCGAAAAAACACAGAAAGACUCCGGCCCAAGUGCUAUUGCGGUUCUUCGUCCAGAACGGUGUGUCCGUCAUACCUAAGAGUACAAAUCCUCAGCGGUUAAUGGAAAACAUUCGAGUAAUUUAACACAAACUAUACACAAAUUACACGUUCAAUAAUUUCUCUGUGUUUUCUGCAAAAAGAUUUUCGAUUUUGAACUGGACCCAGGAGACGUGCGAGCUCUACGAAGCCAGGACGCGGGCGAAGGAGGGCGUAUCGUCCGAUUUUUGUUCUUCCCUGGGUAAGUGGAAAUCGGGCAGAUCUCAUGAUAAUUUUGUAUUGAACUUUUUUAUUAUUAACAUUUUACAUAUUUGCAUAUCAAAUUAUAUUUCGUCUUAUUUUACUUUUUAGAAUCACAGAACAUCCGGAAUACCCAUUUCCAAUUCAGUUUUGA